AUUCAUUCCCGCGUUUUCCGCUCAACAACAAGUAGAAACUAGAAAGAAAUAGAACAUGAAAGUGAUUAACUAGUGAGUUCCUAAACUGAUAUUGAGAGUUUUGUGAGUGAUACGAUCUGAUCUGAUUCUGAAUCCGUCUAGUAUUCAAGAAAGUGAGAUUAUAAAACAUUGUAUUGAUCUGAAUCUCGUCUGAAGUUGAUAUUUAUUGAUACUUAGAAAAUACUGCUCGGGGCAUCUUCCUACAUUGAAGACUGUUGGCUCAAAGGUGACUACUUCCAGUUCAUCAUGGUGAGGACUAAAGAUAGUGCUAGUGUCAAAGUGGUAGGAGCCAAAGCUCCAAGAAAGAUCUCUACUCCAACUUCAACUGCUGCCAGCAGUGGCUCUGACUCAAAAAAAAAGCAUUCUGGAGGGAAUCCAUAUUGUCCCAGAGAAACUCCUGCCUGGCAGAAACCCAUUACUCAAUUUUUUGGAACAUCUAAACCAUGUACAUCAACAUCCUGUGACGAGGAACAAACGACUGAUGAAGUGGAGAAUGGUACAGCCCAUAAUGAAAAUUGUAACAAAGAAGAAAGAAAUUCACAUGAAACGGAAGCUGCUAACUGUUCUACAAGGGGAGAAGUUCAGGAAGCAGAUGGCAAUGAAGAAGACGACAAUGAAAAAGAAAAUUGUAUGGACACCUGAGUUGUUUUAUAGUUUUUUUGGUCCAAAUUGUAUUAUUCCUGUUUUAUAUUUAUAAAUAACACUUUUUUAAUUUUAAGUUUAAUUAUGUUUAUAAAUAACACUUUUUAAUUUUAAGUUUAAGUUACAAAUUGUUGAUCCACAAUGCAGUUUAACUCUUUCAGUGCCAGAGGUAAUUUUUAAUAAUAUUCACUGGUGCCAGAUAUUUUUUCACAUGUGUCAACUGUUAGUGCUAUGUGUAGUUAAAAUAAGUAAUUUUUUCUUUUCA